CCAGAGGGAGAGAGAGAGAGAGAGAGAGAGAGAGAGCAUAUAGCUCCGCCUUCGCGUGUUUCAACUAGGUCCUGUAGACUACUAUAAAUGUCCUCUCGCCGAAUCUUUUCCGUCCACAAAUUCUGUUAUACAACGUAGAAGCUUGAAGAUCUGUAAUAAUGUCUGGAAGAGGCAAAGGCGGUAAAGGACUCGGGAAAGGAGGCGCUAAGCGGCACCGUAAAGUUCUGCGGGAUAACAUCCAGGGCAUCACCAAACCCGCCAUCCGUCGUCUCGCUCGCCGCGGCGGAGUCAAGCGUAUCUCCGGUCUGAUCUACGAGGAGACCCGCGGUGUGCUGAAGGUGUUCCUGGAGAACGUGAUCCGCGAUGCCGUUACCUACACCGAGCACGCCAAGAGAAAGACCGUCACCGCCAUGGACGUCGUGUACGCGCUGAAACGACAGGGACGCACUCUGUACGGCUUCGGAGGAUAAACACGUCCGUGUUACCAUAGAAACCCAACGGCUCUUUUAAGAGCCAC